GCAGGAGGCUGCGUGGCAAUCACACGAUCGACCCCAGUGUGUGGAACAGGAACCGGUAAUCGUCCACGGGAGCAGUACAACGAAAACACCGCAUUCAUCGAUGGCAGCUCUGUAGGUUACACUUCGAAAUCGCGUCUGGUACAAGGUGACAAUAUCCAUGUUCAGUUGGUGAAUGGACGCACCUUUCCUCCAAACAACCGACGAGAUUCGAUGACUGUCGGAGAUGAUCGAGCCACGAUUUUCCUCGGUCUUGCAGCCAUGCACACAACUUUCCUUCGCUUGCAUAACAGCGUUGCUGCCUCACUUCAAAACAUGAAUCGUCAUUGGAACCAAGACCGUGUCUUCCAAGAAACCAGGAAGAUUGUUGGUUCCGUGAUACAGGUCAUUACCUGCACCAAGAGUUUCUUCCACGCUGAUACGUCCAAUUCCAUGUCUCGACUCGUGACCGCCGUAUGGCAAUACAACCCUUCAGUUAAUCCUGGUGUGCUCAACGAGUUCGCAUCCGCUGCUUAUCGUCUUCAUGGAAUGAUUCAGGAGUCCUACCCACUCAUUGGCCCCAACAUGGAAGUCAGAGGACGUGUUCCGUUCCUAGACGGUGUUGGACGAAUUGAGCGAGUAUUGUCGGCGAUCGAUGCAGUGUACCGAGGCUUCAUCGCCACCCCAGCUCGCAGUCCUCAGCGAAUCACAAGUUCUGUUACGGAGCGCUUGUUUGGAGGAUCGGACAUGGCCACAAUUAAUAUCCAGAGAGGACGUGACCACGGUUUCCCUUCAUACAACGAGUAUCGCAAGUUGUGUCAACUGCGACCAGUCACUAGUUUCAAUGAGUGGCCAGAAGUGACAGAGAAAGCUGUUCGGGAACGAGUCGCACAGCUCUACAGAACACCUGAUGAGCUCGAUCUCUACGUUGGAGGAAUUCUUGAGGAACCAAUCGAAGGCAGCCUUGUUGGGCCGACCUUCGCUUGCAUUAUUGCAGAGCAGUUCGUACGACUUCGAGACGGAGACAGAUUCUACUUUGAGAACGAAGGAGUUUUCACGACGGCGCAAAUGACUGCAUUGAAGGCAGUCACCCUCUCGUGGGUGUUAUGCGAAACAAGCGAUGGAAUGGGAAGGAUCGUACCGAACGCAUUCACCAUUGAUCGUGGACAACGAGCUGUCGCCUUGCUCAUCGUUGAAAAGGCUCGAUCUUUCAGCCUGGAAGGAAUAGGUACUGCUCAACUAUUUCUUACCGAUUCGUCCGUCAAUUCUGUUGAGAAU